UUGGGAUUGGGAUCCUCUAGGCCCUGCGGAAUUCGGAAUUCCAUUACCCAGCCCACCGCAUGUGGCUCUUGGAAAAAGCUGGCUAUAAGGUGGGGGCCGCGGAACCUGGGGCCCGUUGGGCGCUCUCGGGCCUGUUCUCCAAGCGUCGCGCCCCGGGCCCGCCCACCGGCGCCUGCCCCAACGUCCUCACCCCGGAUCGCAUCCCGCAGUUCUUCAUCCCUCCUCGGCUCCGGGAUCCCGGCGGCGCAGAGCCCGCGGCCCGGCGGGACUUGGCCGGGCGCGGCCUCCCCGCGGCCUGCUCGCUGCCUCACCUGGCUGGUCGCGAAGGCUGGGCCUUCCUGCCCGAGAGCCCGCACACGCGCCGGCGCGAGUCCCUGUUCCACGCGCCGCCGCCCGCCCUGGCCGAGGAGCUCCCCGCGCCUCAGUCCCGACUGCACGUCUCCGCCCCGGACCUGCGCCUCUGCUGGGCCCCCGACAGCGACACGGCCUCGUCGCCGGACUCGUCGCCCUUCGGCUCCCCGCGGCCGGGCCUGUGCCGGCGCCAGGUGCCCAGGCCGCACUCGCUGUCCCCAGAACCCGCGAGCUCGGCGGACACCAGCCCGCACCCGCCGCGCCGCGCUGGGCCGCCCACGCCGCCGCUCUUCCACCUGGACUUCCUGUGCUGCCAGCUGCGGCCCACGCGCGAGAGCGUGCUGCGCCUGGGGCCCCGCGGCGGGCAGCUGCGGCUCUCCACCGAGUACCAGGCCGGGCCCGGGCGGCUGCGGCUGCGCCUGGUGAGCGCCGAGGACCUGCCCAGGCCGCGCUCCCGCCCUGGGAGCGGCGGCGGCGGCUGCUGCGUGGUGCUGAGGCUGCGGCCCCGCGUCCGACCGCAGGAGCAGCGGAGCCGCGUGGUCAAGUGCAGCGCCAACCCCAUCUUCAACGAGGAUUUCUUUUUCGACGGGCUCGGGCCGCCGGACCUGGCCGCCCGCAGUUUGAGGGCCAAGGUGCUAGACAGGGGCGCGGGACUUCGCAGGGAUGUGCUGCUGGGGGAAUGCGAGACACCCCUCAUUGCGCUGCUGCCCCCGCUGGGUGGGGGACUAGGUCCCGGGUCCUCCCUGGCGCCCACCCAUCUCAGCCUGUAGACUGAGCCCCUGGCUUCCUCAGCACGUCUCCACUGAGUCUGCGGUCCACACGCUUUCCGCCCUGCCCGGCUUGUAUUUAUUUUUGCUAAUAAAGUGUCCGCUUGUUCCUAGCCAGAUCUUUCCCCUUGCUGGCACCUUACACGCUCAGGCGUAGAGCCUACCCUUCUUCCUUCUAUCUCGGCCAUACGCGGGGGGAAGAUGCUCAUUCGGACGGUCUGAGUAGAGGAGACCCUAAGCAGUGGUCCUCAAGCUUGAAGGAGCGUCAGAAUAAUCAGAUA